AUGCCGCGCAUCCCUGAACUUCGAGACGAGAAUGGUCGGGAUCUACUCUGUGACGACACAAGUUCCGACAAAAGCAGCCCGAAAGUCGAGACGGAGUGGACGAGCGAUGCAAUCCGCGCAUUCGAUCGUGUUUGGCAUGAUCCAGCGAGAAGAAAGCAUCCCAGCUGUUUCCAACCCGGCAGUGCUUUGGUUUUUAGUGGCGCAUCAAGCAGGACUGCUGCAUCUGAAAGCAGACAGACCCUAGCCCCAGCCACCUAUGCUUUUCCAUACAGGACGAUAACACUAGAGCAGUCUCACAAUAUUGGGAUACAACGGAACAGCCCUAUCAGCUUUCGCGCGACACUAGAUCCCGAUUCUACAGCCCGGACCGUUUGGAAGAAACGCUCGUCGGCCCUGGGAACUACAAGGAUUGGGCGGACCGGAUGA